UCAAAUGCAGCUUCUUGUCCUUGGUUUCGGCCGUUUACAGAAUUCAAAAGCUGCUUCUCCGGCGGCGUUGAGCACUUGAGCUUCAAAUGUCCGGUGAGGCGCGUUGCCUUCACCCUUCUCUCAAGGUACACUAUUAUCACACUCUCAACUCCUCCCGACCCACCUCUGGUUUUCACAGCAGCUUUGAUUAUCUCACUCAGUUCUUGCCUUUCUCUUCUAACAAACCCAAUUCCAAAUCCUCUAUAAACUCCAAUGAGCGGCGUAAAGUCACUGUUGGGUUAUCCAGGAUCAUAAAGAACCAACAGGGCUAUGUACUGAAGGGCUUUUCCAGAACCUUCUGCCCAUUUUUUCUUGUAAAGAUUAUGAAACUGUUCUGUUGUAGAGAAACUGCAUUUGGGUUCUUUAAACUAGCCUUUAGGGAUGAUAAUCAGCAGACUGUGGAGUCAUGUUGUGUGGCUGCACAUGUUUUGGCGGCCGAAAAUCUACGGUUUCUGGCUCAAGAUGUGGUUUCGUGUGUGAUUGGGAGGAUUGGGCCGAGUAGGAGUAGGGAUUUGGUGGGGUUUAUGUGGGGAGGGCAUUGUGAAUACGAGUCGGAUUUUUCGGUUCUUGAUACACUAAUGAGGGGGUUCUUGAAUGCGGAAAUGGGCGCCGAGGCUUUGGAAGUUUUGAGGAGGAUGAGGGAGGUGGGAGUGAGGCCGAGUUUGUCAGCGGUUGCGAUUCUGUUCAGGUUGUUGAUAAGGGUUGGCGAUUAUGGUAGUGUGUGGAAGGUGUUUAGGGAUAUGAUUAGAGAAGGGCCUUAUCCAUGUAAUUAUGUUUUUAGUGCAAUGAUUCUUGGGUUUUGUCGAAAAGGGUUGGUUAGAGUUGGGGAGAGUUUGUUACAGGUGAUGUGGAAAUUCCAAUGUGAACCGGAUGUUUUUGCUUAUAACAUUGUGAUCUAUGCAAAUUGUGCGAGAGGGCAGACGGCUGAUGCGCUGGAAUGGGUGGAGUUGAUGAUUGCAAGGGGAUGUAAACCGAGCAUUGUUACAUUUAAUACAGUCAUAAGUGCAUUGUGUAAGGAAGGAAAUGUGGUGGAGGCAAGGAAGCUUUUUGAUGAUGUCCCAGACGUGGGUGUUUAUCCGAAUACCAUAAUGUACAAUACCAUGAUGGAUGGGUAUGUUAAGGCAAGGGAGAUUGGUCAGGCUAACAUGCUUUUUGAAGAAAUGAGAAACAAGAGCAUUUCUCCAGAUGGCAUAACUUUCAAUAUCUUGAUUGGAGGGCAUUACAAGUAUGGAAGCGAAGAUGAUGGAGACAGGUUGUUGCGGGAUUUAUCUGUGUCAGGAUUACUUCCAGAUUCUUCAUUGUAUGAUAUCUAUGUUUCUGUGUUGUGUUGGGCAGAUCGGUUGGACGAUGCCAUGGCAGUUUUAGAGGAUAUGCUUGAAAGAGGAUUGCCUCUAAGUGUGGUCGCUUUCAACUCUGUUAUUGCAGCUUGUAGCAGAGUAGGUUUGGAAGAAAAAGCAUAUAAGACCUUUAACUUCAUGAUUUCAUUUGGUAUAACUCCUUCAUCUUCUACGUGUAGUUCUUUGCUUAUGGGUUUAUCUAAGAAGGGUUACUUGCAAGAAGCCAGAGAGCUUUUGUGUAAAAUGAUGGAGAAGGGGUUUCCUAUCAGAAAAGCUGCUUUUACGGUGCUUUUGGAUGGGUACUUUAGGAUGGGUGAUUUAGAUGGGGCACAAAGUUUGUGGAAUGAGAUGGAAGGAAGAGGCAUAUCUCCUGAUGUUGUUGCCUUUUCAGCAUUUAUCAAUGGACUAUCUAAAGCCGGUUUAAUGGAAGAAGCAUAUGAUAUGUUUCAAGAAAUGUCAAGAAGAGGGUUUGUGCUCAAUAAUUUUGUCUAUAAUUCUUUGAUUGGUGGCUUUUGCUACUGUGGUAAGUUGAGUGAUGCACUGAGGUUGGAGAGAGAGAUGAGGCAAAGGGGUCUUAUUCCGGAUAUUUUUACCACCAAUAUGAUCAUUCAUGGGUUCUGUAGACAGGGGAGGAUGAAGUCAGCAAUUAAUACAUUUAUGAACAUGUUCCAAACUGGGUUAACCCCAGAUAUCAUCACUUACAAUUCAUUAAUUGGUGGUUAUUGUAAAGCAUUUGACAUGGUUAGGGCAGAUGAAUUUUUGUAUAAAAUGUACGCUAGCGGAUGGGAACCAGAUAUCACAACCUAUAAUAUACGGAUGCAUGGUUUUUGUAGUAGCCGAAAGAUAAAUCGAGCUGUGAUGAUUCUGGAUGAGCUUGUAUCGAGAGGUGUUGUUCCAGACACAGUAACAUACAACACUAUGAUGAAUGGUGUUUGUGUUGACAUACUGGAUCGUGCUAUGAUUUUAACCGCUAAAUUGCUUAAGUUGGCGUUUCUUCCAAAUGUUGUUACAGCUAAUGUAUUGUUGUCUCAGUUCCGCAGGCAGGGGAUGCCUGAGAAGGCCCUAAUGUGGGGUCAGAAGUUGAGUCAGUUUUCCUUUUGUUUUGAUGAAAUUACCUACAAAAUAUUGGACAGAGCCUAUCACAAUAUGCAAGAAGAUCCUGCAAUUCCAAGUGCAACACCUGAGAAAAGCCUCUUCUUGGAUUUCCUCAUGUACAUUACGUAUGAUUAUUUAUGUAAAAAUAAACCUUGCAGAGAUGUAAGACAAAACCCUCUUAAAGUAAUUGGUCUUAGUGGCCCCUGAAAGUUGAUUUAGUUCAUCAGCUUUCUGUACAAUUACCAGACAAUUACUAUCAUCAAAGAGUCUCUAUGCAACAUUAUUGAGGUCCCUUCCUGUCUCACAUUUUUCUUGCAUCCUGUGGCUAAAAUGUUCAAGGAGCACGAAUCAGGAAGAAGCAAAAAGCCAUUCGGCUAAUGUGGUUUUAACAGAAGCUGACAAAGAAGUGUGAGAAUGAACAGCACAAGACAUGCAAGCACAGUCCGAUAAAGGAGGUGGAAAGGAGAUUGGGCUAGUAGCAAAGAAGUAAAGCUCGGCCAGUGUUGAAGUGUUGGCUGAAAUUCCAGAAGGUCAGGUGAUGAAUGUUUGUUGUUGUCCAAGCCAACUGAAAAGGUGCCACACCAAGAGAUUAACAAUGUCAAUGUCCAGUGGGUCUCUUCAUUCCUUUGGGGGCUGCAUUGUCUCCUUUGAAUACUCUGGAGCUUCGAGUCAAUGAAUGUUUGAAUCCUAUUCUUCGAUGUUCCAAAAUCCCUUGACGAUAUGCAAGGCACUCUGCAUGGUUUAGAUCAGCUAACUCUUAUAUCAGGGAAAAGCUUUCUAUUUCUGGUAGUGUUGAGAAUGUUUUGGCUGACCCAAGAUGGAAAAACGCCAUGAAUGAAUAGAUGGAGGCAUUUAUUAGGUCUGUUUUGAUGAGAAUAGGAGGCUUCUAGGUACUUCAGGCAGUUCUAUACAGAUUUGAAAAGACGGUGAUUGUGUGGAGCACUCUUCCAUUGAUGUCUGGCAUGUGAUAAGUGCAUCUGUGAAAGCAGCAUGCUCCCCUGCAAAAGAUUCUGGGGAAGAAGUGAAAGAUCUGCGAUUUGCAUCUACUUGUUCCCUUGUUGCAAUGGAUGCCGAUGGCUCUCCUGUUUUGUUUUUUUGGAGUGGUGAUUAAAGAAGAAACAUUAUAGUAUGGAUGGAAUAUUGGGCUGUAGACCAAGCUGAAAUAUCAAAUCGACGAACUCUACCAUACUGCAGUACUGUGGGUGGAGCCCUUUCUCCUGAGAUGCAGCCUCCAAAGAUUUGAGAAAAGUGGCGGAUUAUUGCAACAGCAAUGGAAUUGUUUAGUGUUUGUGCUUCCAUUGUUCAGAUUGAGGUGCGAGUUCAUAUUAUGUAGUGUUCUAUAAUGCUAUUUUUUAUUAAUUGGAAUUGCACCACCAUGUCUGGAGUAAAAACAGUUUAGUUUUGGUGGACAGCUCUCCUAGACUUCGCAGAUAGUAGCUUUGGAAGGGACUUGUCUUCUCUUCUUUCUUAUCGGUUCAGUUGAGCUUGAAUUUUUAGGCAGAUUUCUUAGCCUCACUUUAUGGGAGGGUCAUUGCGAUUUUGUCUACCUAUAGCCUCUGUGGAUGUUUAAUCUUAUUAAUGCUGUUAGUCUUUGUUUUCUGCUUGAAAUUCUGGUCAUUUAUCUGCUGCGACUUCGAGGAUCUUUCUGCUUGACGUGCAGCAUUCUUUCUAUUCAAUUUGCUUCUUUGGACCACCUGUGAUUUUCAGUUGCGCACCCAAAACUAUGCCACAGUUUCGUUGCAAUGCCACAGUUUUAGGGGCCCUACAGAAAACCACCAGUUUCCAAAUAAGUGCAUCAUCUUGGUUUACAAUAGAAAUUCCCUAUUUGGUAAACUUUAUCUUGUGCCUGCAUUUAGUAAUUGUAAUACUUCAAAGUUCAAAUUGUUCAAACGGUCAAUUCAUUUUAUCUUACGUUAACCCUAUCUGGCAAACUUUUAAUUAGAGCCUUUUUCACUGUUUCACUUCAUUGAAAUACAUGUUAUUUAUCUUAAUUAUUCAUAUUAGUUCUUUUGCUUCACUUCUAGGGAGGUUUUUAUCUGUUUCAUAGAUAUAUUAGAGAUAGAAGUGCUUGGCCUUUCAAUGGGACAGGUAAGUUAUACAAUAUAGUAUCUCUUUGUAUUCCAGCAAGAGUCUGUGCUGGCUCUACAGCUGUAUUUACACACCCAAGGUGUCUAAUCAUGCCAUACAUGACAGUGUGUGUUGAGAGCAUAUCUCACAAUGGGAAUUUGAAGCCUUGCCUUAACAAUUUUGCAUACUGUCAAUUGGCUUUAAGUUCGUGCACCCACUUUUCAAUCCUGAAAGGAUGAAUUAUUACAUGCAUCUGGUGAACUAACUGGCUGAAUUUAGCCUACUAGAGUCGAAUCAAGCAGUUCAUUUUUUUUUUUUUGCUUUUGGUCAACCUAAAAGGAUAAUCUGGAU